GAUCUCCACUUCACCAUGAGGGACCUAGCCCUUAUUUUGGGAAUGGUUGGUUUAUUCCUUUAUGAGGCCCACUGAAUUCAGUAAGAAUAUAGGGUUGCAGCCUUAGGGCUUAAAAGUUACUUUGUGUUUUUCCAAAUACUGACUGGAGCAGCUCAUUCAAAAGAUUAGAAAGCUUUUUAAUUCUCUUGCCUUUGUACUAGGCCUAGAAUUUACUUUUUUAAAAAAACAAGUCCUAAUACUGUAAAAAAAUCAUUAUGAGUUUUUGGACACAGGGUUUCUCCUUGCUAUACAGUUGAUCAUUACCAACCUAUACACGGAUGGUUAUGUUUGGAAGGUGUUGCUUGCUGCAAAAAAACAGCUACAUACAUUUUUGGUGUCUCCUAACAUUUGUGAUUUCUUUUAGGAAGAUAACAAUAUAAAAUGCCUAAAGAGGAAGACCGGGUAAUCCCGGUGAAGGUGGCACUGAGAUGCCGCCCGCUCGUUCCAAAAGAAAUUUCUGAGGGCUGUCAGAUGUGUUUGUCUUUUGUCCCUGGAGAACCACAGGUGGUUCUCGGCAAGGACAAACCAUUCACAUAUGAUUAUGUGUUUGACCCAUCAACUGAGCAGGAGGAAGUGUUCAAUACCUGCAUUGCCCCCCUUGUAAGGGGUAUUUUCUCUGGAUACAAUGCCACGGUCCUGGCCUAUGGGCAGACAGGCUCCGGGAAGACCUAUUCCAUGGGUGGGGCUUACACCGCUGACCAGGAGAACGAUCCCACGGUGGGAGCCAUUCCCCGGGUGAUAGCGCUUCUGUUCCGAGAAAUGAAGCAAAAGCUGCAGUGGCACUUCGCCUUGAAGGUCUCCUACCUGGAGAUCUACAACGAAGACAUCUUGGACCUCCUGGCACCAGGCAAAGAACGGACUUCUCAAAUCAGCAUUCGUGAAGACCCCAAGGAAGGCAUUAAGAUUGUGGGUCUAACGGAGCACACCGUGUCAAGCGCGAGAGAGACCGUCCUCUGCCUGGAACAAGGCAACAACUCCCGGACGGUGGCGGCCACGGCGAUGAACACGCAGUCAUCCCGCUCCCAUGCCAUCUUUACAGUGUCUGUGGAGCAGAAAAGCAAGACUGAUGCGAACGUCAGCUUUCGUUCGAAACUGCAUCUGGUCGACCUGGCUGGUUCGGAGAGGCAAAAGAAGACAAAAGCUGAAGGGGAUCGUCUGCGAGAAGGAAUCAACAUCAACAAAGGGCUGCUUUGCCUGGGGAACGUCAUCAGCGCUCUUGGGGACGAAACCAAGAAAGGCACGUUUGUCCCUUAUCGGGACUCCAAGCUAACCCGGCUCUUGCAAGAUUCCUUGGGUGGCAACAGCCACACCCUGAUGAUUGCCUGCGUGAGCCCAGCAGAUUCCAACCUUGAGGAGACAUUGAACACCCUCCGCUACGCGGACCGCGCCAGAAGAAUAAAGAACAAGCCAAUCGUGAACAUUGAUCCUCAAGCUGCUGAGAUCAGCCGGUUGAGGCUGCAGGUACAGGAGUUGCAAGUCUUACUGCUCCAAGCCCAUGGGGGAACCCUGCCGGUGUCUCUUCGGGCUGAGCCUGCGGAGAACCUCCAGUCUCUGAUGGAGAAAAACCACUCGCUCCUGGAGGAGAAUGAAAAACUCAGCCGCAGCUUGAGCGAAGCAGCCGGUCAGAUUGCCCAGAUGCUGGAGAGGAUCAUUGUGACAGAGCAGCAGAAUGAAAGGAUCGGCCUGAAGCUGGAGGAGCUCCAAGACCAUGCGGCGCUGAAGCUCGACCUGCGGAAGCUGCUCGAGCCCCUGGAGGAUGAAGAGCUGAAAGAGCGCCUGGAGCUGUUUGGCCACUUACAGCAGACGAUCGCCCAGCUGCCGAAUGAAAAUCCUCCUGCUAUUGCGGACGUGGACAUAACAGAGCAGAAUUCUGAUCCUGCUUCCGCAGGAGACCUGGGGGCCCCGCAGUCUUCCGAGGACUACGCUGCCCAGCAUGCUCUCCAGCAAGCCCAGAUGUCAAAGGAGCUGCUUGAACUCAACCAAGCCCUCGCUCUCAAGGAGGCCCUGGCUCGGAAGCUCUCCCAGAGCGACCGCCAGCUGGAACCCAUCCAGUGCCAGUCCCAGAUCAACAUCGAGAACCUAGAAGUGGAGGUUGCCAAGCUGCAGAAGGAGAAGGAAGACUUGGUCCUUGCCCUUCACAUGACAAAGAAAGAUGUCACUCAAGCCAAGCUGAGCGAGCGUCGCCGGAAGCGCCUCCAGGAGCUGGAAGGGGAGAUGACGGAUCUGAAGAAGAAGCUGAAGGAGCAGUCGAAGCUUCUGAAAAUGAAAGAGUCCAGCGAGCAGACGGUGUGCAAGCUGCACCAGGAGAUCCAGGCAAUGAAGAACCAGCGCAUCCAGCUGAUCCGGCAGAUGAAAGAAGAUGCUGAGAAAUUCCGGCAGUGGAAGCAGCAGAAGGACAAGGAAGUCAUCCAGCUGAAGGCCCAGGAUCGCAAGAGGCAGUACGAACUCGUCAAGCUGGAGCAAGACUUUCAGAAACAAGCCACCGUCCUCCGACGGAAAGCGGAAGAAGCUGCUGCAGCCAACAAACGCUUGAAGGAGGCUCUCCAGAAGCAGCAAGAAGCGGCCGCUAAACGCAAGGAGAACCAGAACCGCGGAUUCGAGGGGGCGGCUUCCCGGGUGAAGAACUGGCUCGUGAAUGAAGUCGAGGUCCUUGUGAGCAUAGAAGAGGCUCGACGCCACCUGGACGACCUCCUGGAUGACCGCAAAACUUUGGCCAAGGAGAUUGCACUGCUGAAAGAGAAGCAGGAGACCGGGGAGAACCUGCCCUCUAAAUACAAGAGACGCACGUUUUCGUAUAAAGCCGUGGAGGCCAACCAUUCCAUCGGCAAGCAGAUAGAGAGCCUGGAGACGGAGAUGGAGCUCCGGAGCGCCCAGAUUGCGGAUCUGCAGCAGAAGCUGCUGGAUGCAGAGACUGGGGACCGGGCCAAGCAGCGCUGGGACAGCAUCGCCACCAUCCCGGAAGCCAAGUGCGCCAUCAAGUACCUGAUUGGCGAACUGGUCUCCUCCAAAGUGGAAGAUGGGAAGUUGGAGAGUCGCCUGCAGCAGAGCAAAACCACCUGUGCCGACGUGCACAAAAUGCUGCUGGAGGAGCGGAAGGCGGCCGCUGACGCAGAAGCAAAGCUCGAGAGGCAGCUCGUCCAGAUGGAGCAGGAUCAUCAGGAGAAGAUUCUCUACCUGCUCGGCCAAAUCCAGCACAAGAAAGAAGCUGAGAAAAGGCUUGAAACUUCCAUGUCGGAACGGGAGCAGCAUCUUCUCGAGCGACUCAAAUUCCAGGACGAAGAGCUCGGAAAGAUGAAAGAAGUCUUUGAGAAGAACCAGGAGCUCUGCAAAGAGCUGGAAGUGGUCAAGCAGAAGCUGAAGAUCCUUCAGGCUGCCGGCGGCCAGAAAAUGUAUAAAGUUGAGACAGCCCUUGGAGAUGCCCCCGAGUCUCCCUUUGAUUACAUCCCACCCAAGCCAAAGCCCCGCCGGCCAACCUGCACAAGGCCUAAAUCAGAGAUGGCAGCAGAAGAAUCGUCCUCUGAAUCAGAUGAGACGGAAGAAGAAGGGGAGGAUGCUGAGUGGGUGCCUGCCAAAAUCGCCAGAGGACUCAGGAAGAGCAUUUUAGGGUGCACCUGCCGAGGCCACUGCAGAAACAAGCAGUGCGGCUGCCGGAAACAGAAACUUGCCUGCUCGCAGGAUUGUCGCUGUGAGGCAGAAAAGUGUCAGAACCGGGACAGCUGCGUCUUGGAAGGGGUGCUCACCGACGAGCAGAUGGGCGGCCUCCAAGACACCGCCUUCAACCUGGAAGAUCCCACCCAGGUGGCCCGAGGGGACACUUUCUUCGAGCCUCCCGCCAUCGCACCGACAAAAAAGGUCCUGGAGGACACGAUGGAGCUGGAGGCCUCGGCCCCCCAGAACGGCGUCCCGGCCUCGUUCCUGCCCCUGCGCCCCAUGGAGGCCGGCCAGCCCCUGCUGCCGAUAAUGAAGAAACGCCGGACGCGCCUCCUGAGCACCAGCCGCUUCUUCUCGGGGUGCACCCCGAUCAAAGAGGGGCUUGCAGAGGAGAAAGGGGAGAAAUGAGCAAAGCGAGCCGUUCUUUUAGCGUGUAUAGUUGUUUUAGAAUGUAUAGAUUUUUUGAAUAAACGUUGGCAACAUA